CAGUCCCAUAGGGGAGGCCCCAAACCCAACUCCCCAAAUAGAGCAACACGGUGGUGUAAGCAAAAUUCCGUCGUGAUUCACAAAAAUCGUUUUCGACAUUGCAUCUUCUUCCCCUUCUCCUUCUCCGAUUUCAACCAACCCAACCACCGCAAUUCCAAUCCCAAUCCCAAUUGGAUCUAUCUAGGGUUUCCCUUUCCUUGCCACCAUUCUCCCCUCCGUGAAAAUUCCUGAACCGGGAAAAUGCACGUCAAAUCGGCGCAGUCAUCGUAUCGGGAUCGGACGCACGAAUUCCACAGCAUCACAGAGAGGUUGAAGAAAUCAGGAUCUGGACCCAAUGGACCUGCCACCACCACCACCACCUCAUCCAGAUCGGAGGAACCCCGUUCUGCCAUUGCUAUGCAAUCAGAAUUCAACAAAAGAGCCUCCAAAAUCGGUUACGGCAUUCACCAAACCUCUCAGAAGCUCGCCAAGCUCGCAAAAUUGGCGAAAAGGACUUCGGUUUUCGAUGACCCUACCAUGGAAAUCCAAGAGCUUACUAGUGUUAUUAAGCAGGAUAUUACUGCGCUAAACUCCGCGGUUGUUGAUCUUCAGUUACUCAGCAAUUCUAGGAAUGAGAGUGGAAAUGCUUCUGCCGACACGACUAGUCAUUCCACCACGGUUGUAGAUGACCUCAAGACGCGGUUGAUGGGUGCCACGAAGGAGUUUAAAGAUGUUCUCACCAUGAGAACUGAGAACAUGAAAGUACACGAGAGUAGGAGACAAUUGUUUUCGGCCUCUGCCUCGAAAGAUUCUGCUAACCCUUUUGUCCGUCAGCGACCUUUAGCUACGAGGUCCGCUGCUAGUUCUUCUGAUGCCCCUGCACCUCCAUGGGCUAGUGGUUCGCAAUCUUCAUCCCAGUUGUUUCCUAAGAAGCAAGUGGAUGGGGAGAGUCAACCAUUGUUGCAACAGCAGCAACAACAACAGCAACAGCAGCAACAGAUAGUUCCUUUACAAGACAGUUACAUGCAAAGCAGAGCAGAAGCACUUCAGAAUGUUGAGUCCACUAUUCAUGAGCUCAGCAACAUUUUUAAUCAACUAGCAACACUUGUUUCCCAACAAGGAGAGGUUGCCAUCAGGAUUGAUGAAAACAUGGAUGAUACAUUGGCAAACGUGGAGGGGGCGCAAGGUGCUUUGUUGAAGUAUCUGAACAGCAUAUCUUCUAAUAGGUGGCUCAUGAUCAAGAUUUUCUUUGUAUUAAUAUUUUUCCUUAUGGUUUUCUUAUUUUUUGUGGCAUAGUCAUUCCAAUGACUGAAAUGAAAACGAGCUUUCUUACUUAUGUCAAACCUUCUUCCGUAUUUCAUUCAUAUUUAGUUCUCCAAAUAUCUAUCUUUGUCAAACUUGUACGUAUAUUAAUACAUAUGACGAGGACUUUAUUUUUUUGGACGAAAUAACGAGGUUAAAUUCUA